AUGACCUCCAGAAAGACCUUCAUCGUCGAACAUCUCGACCCGGAACUGGGUCCUUGGUCCGAGCUCGAGUACCUGACCAUCGGCAAGGAAUCCAAGGCCACGGGCAGCAAAUUCAUCCUGUCCAGCCUGCCCACGGGAUUCAAGGUCCCCUCCGCGCUAGAGGCCAACGAUGCCUUCGCAGCCGAGGAGCGUGGCGUGGAGGAGCUCUAUGCCUCUGACAAGUCGCGCGUGUGUCUGCUCGACCCGUCGGCGUCCAAGGAUCUGUCUCCCGAGGACGGUGAUGUCUUUGAUGCGUUUCUGUUCGGUGGCAUCCUGGAAUGGCCCCAAGACCGCACGUCCGAGCUGCGUAAAAAGGGUUUCGAGGGUCGCAGGCUCGGCCCCAAGCAGAUGACUACCGACACAGCAGUUCGCGUCACCCGCAUCGUCGUGCAGGACAAGGGUUGGUCGUCUCCCCCCCGGGGAUGUGGAAAAGGAUGCCCUAUACGAGGGAGGAGAGACAGAGGAGCUGACGUUAUUGCCACAGUUGCCCUCGACAAAGUCCCGUACGUCGACUUUCCCGAACUCAGGUUCAACGAGCAUGAGAGCACCGAGAUGCCGUUCCGCUACGUUACGGAUGAGAAUGGCCAGCCCAUCAUGCCCGACGGUAUGAAGGAGUUGAUCGAAAAGGAUGCGGACAAGGCAGUAGACGACUUAUUCUGA